CGGAAGGCUUGAAAAACAAGUGAAGAUCAGAUGAGCCUGGCUCUUCAUUGAAAGACUGAGAAACACAGAAGAGACUGCUCCCAGGAAAGCAGACACCAACAUGGGCGUUCAUGAUUGUAAAUCCCCGGGAUGCAUCUGCUGCAACUAUAUCUGGAAGGGCUCUGAUACAUUUCAGAGCACAGCUACCGGAAAACAAUAUGAAAUCACACAAUACCUGACUUGUAAGACACCAAGUGUCAUCUACAUCAUUCAGUGUAAAAAAUGCGAGGUGAAAUAUGUUGGGAAGACCUCAACCACACUGCAAAAAAGAUUCAAUGGCCACAGAGCUGAGAUCAAAAAGCACCAACAUCGGCCAAUCCCUGAUCAUUUCAAUGACAAUGGUCAUUCUCUUGAUGAUCUGAUUAUCUAUCCAAUUGAGCAGGUCACUGGUUCCAAAGCAUUAAUUGACAGGGAACGGCACUGGAUCAGAGAGCUUAGCACAGUUGAAAAUGGACUAAAUCUGGGGCCAUAUGAAUGUGUAAGACAGCAGACCCAAGAUGAGGGAAACAAAAGACCAGUGGAAACAACUGAGGGACAAGUGGAAGCUUCUCAGAAAGGUAAAAGAAAGCUCCAUGGGAAUGAAGAUGUGAAAGCAAAGAAGAUGAAGAUGAAAAAUAACAGACAGUCUGUGUUUUCAUAUGAGACAGAAGAACUUCUCUCAACCCGUGAAGAUGCAUUCCAGGAUGGAAAAGAUGCCAUAUCUCAGGUUUACAACAAACUCAAAGGGGUUUCCUGCAGAGAAAACUCAUUUCUGGAAGACUUAAAAGAGAAGAUCUCAAGUCUAAAAGAUUAUAACCACAAAGAGAAAAUUUACAUUGGAUUCUUUGGGAAGACGGGAACAGGAAAGAGCUCAUUGAUCAACGCAAUUGUCGAAGAAAGCCAACUUCUACCUUCAGGAAGCGUGCAUGCCUGCACUUCUGUUUUUGUGCAUGUACAAGCUAAUACUGAAUCCAGCAAAUACAAAGCUGAUAUUGAAUUCAUCAGUGCAGAGGACUGGAAAUCAGAACUACGUUUCCUGCAAGACUCACUCAAAAAUGAAAAUGACCAACAAAACAACACGGGAGCAAAAGAUGAAAUUGCAGAAAUGGCAAAAGAAAAGAUUACAGCCAUUUUUGGAAAAGGGGGACUGAAGAAGACUUACAGUGAAUUGGUGGGAGCCAGAGAGGUUCCUGUGAUUCCAGGCACAGGCAAGAAGACUCUGACUUUUGACACUGUUGAAGAACUGUCUGAAGGCAUUGAAUGCUACAUUCGGGCUGAUGAAUCAGAGCAGCAGUUCUGGCCUCUGGUGAAGCGAGUCACCAUCUCCUUGCCGAAGUCUCCAGCUCUGCUGGAGGGGAUUGUGCUGGUGGACCUGCCUGGGGCCGGAGACGUCAGUAAAUGCAGAAGCAACAUGUGGAAAGAGUGUCUCAGCCAGUGCUCCUCUGUCUGGAUUGUCAAUGAGAUGAACCGUGCCCUGUCUGAUAAAGUAGCUGAUGACAUCUUUAAUACAUCAUUGAGAACCAUUGCUGGAGGAGGAGAGUGUCACAAUAUCACCUACAUCUGCACCAAAACAGAUGUCAUCGACCCACAGGAGAUCAAAAAAUAUUAUCAUAUCACAGAUGAGGACCUUGAAAUAGAAAGUAACAAGAAGAUGGAUAACACGGAAUAUGAAAAGAAAGAAAAACAGGCAUGUAUACUGUACCGUAAUGACAAAUUUAAAGAAGCUAUCCGUACACUCUUCAAAGAUAAAACAAAGGAAUUUCUGCUUGGUGAUGAAGACCAUUCAAAUGAGUUCUUUGAUGUGUACACUGUGAGUUCUGAACAAUUCAAGAGAAUUGCACAAGAGAAGUCAACUGUUCUGGAUCGCAAUGAAACUGAAUUGCCAGCACUGAUGGAGCACAUUAAGAAACUGUACGUCUCCCAUUUCGAGAAGAAAGUGAAAGAUUAUGUAUCCGAGGUUUCUGGAGUCAUUUCAUAUCUUCACUUUUCAAAGGAUGCUCUCAGUUCAAAGAACCAGUCCUCAAAUUCCCAGGAGUUCAGCCGACUUGAGAAGGAUCUGGUUAAUACGUGCACAACUCUGAAUUCAACUCUGAGCAAAGUUCACACAAACCUCCUUGAAAAACUGAAGAUGGGAGCAAAGAGAGCAGAGAGAAAAUGCCUGGAAAAUACCACAGCAGUGCUGGAAUCAACCAACCACAACACACUCAAAGCCUUGUGUAGAAAUGAUGGAUGUUACCUAUCUCGCACAAGAGGGUUAUUUGAUCUGAACUACACUCUGUCAGAACCCAUGUACAAAAAGAUGAAUGAAAACAAACUCUUUCUGACAACAUUUGGCACUGGACCUUCAAGAACCUCAAUCAAAGGGCAAUUUGAAAGUUUCCAAGAGAACUUCAUCACAACUGACCUUCUGAAAGACAACAAGACAAAGAAUGAAGAGAAAUACCUGCGUCUGGUGUACAUCAGAACAGAGGUGAGAACCCAUUUUAAUGCCUCUUCUACAGUCGACAUCUCCUUUCUUGCAGUCUUACACAUUUCAUGCUGA